UCUCCUGCCUGAGAAAAAACAAGAAAGACUAAAAUGACAAUCCCUACAGCAUCUUAAAACACUGAAAUUAAACCCGGAAACAACGUAGAUUUUGUAAAAAGUUAAAUCAAUGGUACAGAAAAGUAGUAUGUCUAGGACGCCUUCCACUUCAACCCAGGAGAUUCAAAUGGACAUGUUUGAGCACCAUCCUCACACGCAGGGUAAAUACGCCAAGAGGAAGAGCCGGUUCAAGCGCUCGGAUGGGAGCACCUCGUCUGACACCACGUCCAACAGCUUUGUCCGACAGGGCUCUGCAGACUCGUACACCAGCCGGCCCUCAGACUCAGACGUGUCCCUGGACGAGGACCCCGAGGCCCUGAGGAAAGAGGCCGAUCGACAGGCGCUCGCCACGCUCGAAAAGGCAAAGACCAAACCAGUGGCUUUUGCGGUGCGAACAAAUGUUGGGUACAACCCUGGUCCCAGUGAUGAUGUCCCGGUGCAGGGCAUGGCCAUCUCCUUCGAAGCCAAAGACUUCCUCCACAUCAAAGAGAAGUACAAUAAUGACUGGUGGAUUGGGCGCCUGGUGAAGGAGGGCUGUGAGGUGGGCUUCAUCCCGAGUCCUGUCAAACUAGAAAACACUCGACUUCUGCAGGAGCAAAGGAUGAGACAGAACCGCCUUAGCUCCAGUAAAUCUGGUGGAAGUUCUAGUCUGGACGUUGCCACAGGAACACGCCGACCUACUCCACCGGGCACAGUCCACCCCGAUGCCAGUUUUGAAAUAGACUCAGUGGACCUGGAAGCAGAGGACUCCAUGGAUUUAAUGGGAGAACCACGCUCCCCCAAAAGUCUGUCAGGGAGCGUGACUUCUCCCCAUCAGGCCAACAUCCACCGCCUCCCCUUUUUUAAGAAGAUGGAGCACGUGCCUCCGUACGAUGUGGUCCCGUCAAUGAGACCCAUCAUCUUAGUCGGACCCUCGCUCAAAGGAUAUGAGGUGACAGACAUGAUGCAAAAGGCACUCUUUGACUUCCUGAAACACAAGUUUGAGGGCAGGAUAUCCAUCACACGAGUCACUGCAGACAUCUCUUUGGCCAAGCGCUCCGUCCUCAACAACCCGAGUAAACACACCAUCAUCGAGCGCUCCAGCACGCGCUCCAGCCUGGCGGAGGUGCAGAGUGAGAUCGAGCGUAUUUUUGAGUUGGCAAGGACCCUACAGCUGGUUGCCUUGGACGCCGACACCAUAAACCACCCCUCCCAACUCGCAAAGACCUCUCUGGCUCCCAUCAUCGUCUACAUCAAAAUAGCCUCGCCCAAGGUCCUCCAAAGGCUGAUCAAGUCCAGAGGAAAGUCCCAGGCCAAACACUUAAACGUCCAGAUGGUGGCGGCAGAUAAACUGGCUCAGUGUCCUCCUGAAUUAUUUGACAUAAUCCUGGAUGAGAACCAGCUGGAGGAUGCGUGUGAACACCUGGCCGAUUACCUGGAGGCGUACUGGAAAGCCACCCACCCCCCGAGCUCCAACCCCCCCAACCCCCUCCUCAACCGCACCAUGGCAACCGCCGCACUGGCCGCCUCUCCCGAACCUGUCUCCAACCUACAGGGACAGUACCUGGUUCACGGGGAGACGAAGCACGAAGGUCCCCUGUCCGAAUCUGGAGGUGGGGGGGAGUACCAGAGCGACAAACCCCACCACCCCCCCUCACAACAGCAGACCUACCUCCGCUCGUCCCGGGGGCAGCUCAGGGGGGGCAGUAGUCGCGGUCUAUCCCGGCAAGAUACAUUCGAUUCGGAGACGCAAGGAAGUCGAGAUUCCGCCUAUACUGAAGCGGGCGAUUCCUGCAUGGACAUCGAGACAGAUCCCUAUGAAGAACCUGAACCUUACAGAGGUGGGGGUGGGGGAGGAGGUGGAGGGGGAGGGGGGAGCCGCCUGCACCUUUCCCAGCAUCAUGCCCGCCAAGCAUCGUGGGAAGACGAGGGAGCAGAGCCGGAUCAGGAGAAUCUGAACCACCCAGCCCCGCCCCCUCCUCACCACCACCCUGGACGCCCCAAACUGAGAGAGCGCUACUGCCAAGAGGAGACCAACACAGGGCGCAACAAGAACCAAGACCAAGACUGGGGGCGCGAUGUGUACAUCCGCUGAGGGCAAAUUUACAUCAGUUUAAAUGACUUGAAUUUGUGAGUUUGAUAUUAGUAGUUUUACUUUAUAAUAGCUACACCUUAAUUAGUCUUAGAGGUGCAUUGUGUAACUUUUCUGGUGGAGGGUCCAUUUAAUAAACUAAGUCUUUGUUCCAGCUUUUAUUAACUUGUAACUUUUUGGUUGGGGGCCCAUCACCUGCUUGUUUCUAUGGAGACGUCAAUGCUCUGCUUAGAAUGUUCCACAGUAUGACAUUAAACAGCUCUCCCUUACAUUUAUUCAAUGACAGAUGAUUUUAUAGCUCAAAAAUACCUGGAAAAACAAGGAUUCUGACUGUGAGCGGGGUUGCCUCUCCAUAGAUCUGACCUGUAACUUGGUCGGGUUUGGUCUCCAUGAAGAUAGAAAGGUUUAAUACCAUACUGUGAAACGUUCCAGACGAAGCAAUAAUAUCUCUACGGAGAAAAGCUUUUGACGGACCCUCCGCCAGAAAAGUUACACAGUGCACCUUUAAGUAGUUACUAAACCUGCAUUAUUCUAAAAGGAACUGUAUGCCAGAUUUUAAUUUUAAAUUUCAUAAACUUGACCAACUGUAUUCUCAGAUAUGAGGUAAACAUUUCCAAAUUAAAUACUUUCUUCAUGCUUUAAGGCCAAUUAAUGUGUAGUUAUUUUGAUAUUUUUUGUUACCAGCAAGUCCAAUCACCGAGGUCUUAUCCAAACUUGUAAAAACUACUAAUUAAAUUUAUUAUUAUGAAUUCAAGUCAUUUCAACCCUUGUAUUGCAGUGUACAAGUGAAAGUUACAUGAACUGGACAGAGGAGACGAGGGUAUAGUAUUAUAGUAACACAUAAAGGACUGUGUGAGUGCAGGUGUGGGGCCAUGCCAGUCAGGCUAACAAACUAAUCUGUUUACAUCCAAAUCAGGGCUGCACAAUAUUCAAAUACAGGACGUAACUUACCUGAGUACUGCAAUAACAACAUGGUAAGGAUGGAUAAGAUGACACUAUGGUUUGUCGUACUAUCAUCAUAUAAGACACUUGAACUUUUUGCCAUUAGGGGGCGCAGGAGACAAGAAUUCUAUGUAUUAUACAAUUUAUAAUAAUUAUCUAUCUCUACAUAAAAUAUACACACAUAUACAUAUUUUUAGCGUUAACCACUCUGCCACUGUGUAUUCAGGUCAGAUAUUAAUGUCUACUUUCUUGUCUCCAUAUAAAUAAUACUUCAGCCUAUCCCAAUAACUUUGAACUCAACUAAGUCUGAACCAGGACAAUAAAGAACCAAAUCAUGGCUAGUACAAGUUUGAACCAGGUGUAAACCAGGACUAUAUACAGACUUAAACCAGGUCUAGACUUUUUUUCAUGCAUAAAAGUUUGAAUUCACUUCUGAGUCGUUUUAACAGGCCAAACGACGGAACUUAUUCUCCACCAUAUUGUUAUUGCAGUAGCUCUAGUUUUACAAUCACAAUCUGGUACUUUCAGUGGUACAUUCUCAGAUAUUGUGAAGCCCUGUUGCUAUAGUAACAAUGUAAAGAAACACAUCAACUGCCAGACGCCAUCAAUUUCAUUUUUCUUGAAAUUCAUUUACCAGUACCUACUAUUACAAAUACAGGUCUGUUUUUAAUUUUUGUUUUGUUUUGUUUUUUAUUUUAGUUUUUUUUGUUUUGUUUUGUUUUCUGGUGUUGCAUGAAGUUAUCACCAGUUUCUAUGACAGCACGGGGACAGUAUUUAUUACGAUUGUGAAAAAUUCUGAUUGUGAUCUGUACAUCUCUUUAACUGUUGUCCGUCUGUCCUCUGCAGUCUCCAAAAACAGGGUCUAACUGCCAUCUUCACGUGUGUAACUUUUGGAUUUGGAAUUGUUCAAAGGUUUCUGUUAAGUUAAUAAUCACCUUUUUUAAUCACCCAGACCUUAACGAGUGGUGUUGCUGUAUUAUCACAAAAAUAGUCUCUAAACCUGGUCAGUCAUUCUUAUUCUCUAUCUAGGCAUUAAAGAUGCACUGCGUAACUUUUCUAGGAUGUGGUCUGCCAUUUGCUUGACUCAGUGACAAUGUUAUUGUUUUACCCGGAAUGUUCCACAGUAUGGCGUUAAACAUAUCUAUCUAGUAUUUAUUCAACUCCGGCCUUUUUGUGUAGAAAAAUAAAUCCAUUCAAACUCUGAGUGGGUUCGCCUCUCCACAGAUCUGACCUGUAACUUUGGCCUGGUUGCUCUUGUCUCACUGGAGAUUUGUUUAACGCCAUACUGUGGGACAUUCCAAGCAAGGUGUAGUAGAAAUCAUUACAUUACAUUACAGAUUUUGUGAAGGGCUUGGGUAAACAGUACCAGGUAACAGAUCUCCAUUAAGAUAAGCCCAUACACCAGAAAAGUUACAGAAUGAAUCUUUAAGCCUAUGAGGAUGUGUUUGAUCAGAGGUAACUAUAGCGUCUCAAAUACACAGCUCUCCAAAGAUGUUUACUUCUUCCCUGAUGCCGCUGUACCAUUUGAUCCUUGUGAAGUGAGCCUGAAGUAUUCACUAUCUGUUCAUUUCAUUAGCCUCAUAGCACAACGCCUAUGUCAUUUUGCUGGGUUUUCAGGCAACAUGCUAACUGCUAAUGUCAAUAUGAUGACUGAGCCGGUUUGUGUGUUUUGUUUUAUUUAUUUAUUCAUUUUUGGAGAGAGCCAAUGAUACCUAUAGAUGCAGCUAGGGUUGUCAAAAUCAGAUACUAAUUGAUGCUAAAACUAGUGUUGAAACUAGAUACCUGGACUUAUUUGAGCAGGCGUUGAUACUAAAAAAGUUACAUUCACAGGACAGAAAUUAACCUGUAUCAACAAGUAUAAGAGCACAUAGACUAGUAUACGCCCAUAGAUCACUAUCUAACCUACCUGGACCACUAAAGUAUUACACAGAUAUAAGACCACAUGGUAAAAUAAAAGAAAAUACUAUGACUUAAUGUUAAAGAUCACAUUCUGUUGUAUAAAGAAAGUGUUUUUAUUAUCAUGGUUGUAUCAGAAUCGGUAAUGAGUAUCAAGUCUAUUCCUUAGUGUUAAAAUCGAGUUUGAAAUUUUAGUAUCAUGAUAACACUAGUACAGCAGGGUCAGGAAAGUACAAUGAGAAAACUCAAUUUGACAAAAAAAUUACUGUUAGGUUAGUUAUUUGCCAUUUGUAGUUUAAAAACCACACUGGAAAAACAUGUGCCACAAGCUCAAAGGUGCACUAUAGCUUUUUGGUUGGGAGUCCAUCACCUCCUUGUUUCUAUGGAUAUGUCAUUGCUCUGCCUGAAAUGUUCCACAGUAUGACAUUAAACAGCUCUACCUUACAUUUAUUCAAUUAGAGGUGGUUUUAUAGCUCAAAAAUACCUACAAAAUAGGCAUUUGGACAGAUCUGACCUGUAACUUGGUCUGGUUUGAUCUCCAUGAAGAUAGAAAGGUUUAAUACCAUACUGUGAAAGAUUCUAGACAAAGCAAUAACAUUUCCAUUUAGAAAAGCAUUUGACGGACCCUCCACCAGAAAAGCUACACAAUGCACCUUUAAAGUACACCCUGAGACAUUAAAAACAUAGGUAGUAAUGCUAUGAGGCUGGUGACUCUUAACAUGGUGCACUGCUGUUGUGUGAAUGAACUCUGUGUCACUGAAAUUCACUUAAAUCCAACUAAUUCUCACAAGUGCCGGACUGUCUCGCCAAGCCAUGUCCACCAGUGUGCCGGUGGGUUGUCUUAACCUAACCUUCGUCUUCAUACCAUUCUUCUUCUUCUUCUUCUUCUUCUUCUUCUGUGUCUGCAGUCGUAGCCCAUCUCUCUCUUGCUUUGAGUUUCGUCACCAGGGCUUAAAGUUAUAUCUAAAAUACAUGUGUGCGCCAGUUACUCUCAAACGGCUUCUAGCUUGUCCGAUAUUGAAACUCUUUUAUUCUGAUUUCUGCUGGAUAAUUUAUGUGGACAUUUGCCAUUUUUUAACGCUUCAGUUUUUGUGAGGUUCUGGGAGGGUAGGAUAAACUUCACAUGGUUGUCCUAAAAUGUUUGAAUCUUUUGAAUGUUGUUGGCAGGUUGCCGUGGUGACCUGCCCUGUCUUUAGUUGAAUACAUAAAUAUAAAAUUAUGAUACGUAAAUAAUGUCAUUGUUGCGUUAUCGCAAUUGUUAAAAAUAUGAAUAAACAUGUAUCAUUGG